AUGGAUACCGAAGACAGCCCCGGAAUCCCCAGAUCCAGCAAACGGCGCCGUCUCAAUUUCGCAUGCAACUACUGUCGGAGUCGCAAAACGCGCUGCGACGAGCAGCAGCCCUCUUGCCAGGCUUGUAUCCUCGCCGGAGUUACCUGCGUUACGGAAGAUAGGCGCAGACCGGGCAAGGUGAUCAAGAGACGAGAGGCGGGCAAGUCAACGGAUGGAGGAUCUGUUACUUCUGCGAGUCCGUCGGAGUAUGGACUGCAGACUGCGGCUGUGGAGAGGAGGCAUUCUGUUGUUGAGCCGCGGACUAUUGAGGUCGUUACUGGGCCGAUUCGCGCGCGGUCGCAGAGUCCGAGACCGUCGCAGAGUAGAGACUCUUCUCAUACAGACGCGAUUAGCAACCCGCUGCCGAUCUGGCGUCAAAGCGCUGGCACCACGUCUUUCCAGAUAUUGACGGAGUGGCUGGACCUGGCUUGUUUCCGGCUGAGCAUUCCCUACCAUUUUGGCUCUUAUCCACCCUCUACUCUGAACCCUCCAUCGGCAUCUCAACACGGAAUUCCGAUCACGCCGGAGACGUGGGUACCCCAGACUUUGUUCGACGCGUAUGCGAGGGAGAUACAUACGUUUUACCCUGUUGUGAGGCUCGACCAGGCUCGUGCGGAUGUAGUGCAAUCUCACCCAGGGAACUUGGCGUCGCAUGCUGUUGACAUUGCAGCGCUGAGAAGUCAUCUACUCUUUGCUGCAGGAGGUUGUAUCCUCCAACAUGCCGGGCGAAAGCCUUACAUGACUGAAACACUAUCAUUAGCCCGCAACGCACUGGGUCAUCUCAUCGGCAACGUAUCAUACGACACCAUCGAAGUCCUCUUUCUAUUCUCAGUAUGUCUCCGACUCAACGACGAGAUCAUAUCAGCUUGGACAACACUUGGCAUCUGCCUUUCAAUCGCCCACUCCCUCGGCCUCAACAAACCUGGGAAGAAUAGGAAAAAACCUCUGGAUCUCGACGCCUGGAAUCCAGCGUGGUGGGCUUUAUACAGCUAUGAGAAACUAUUCUCGUUCCAGCUUGGAUAUGUGUCGACUAUCUCGGAUGAUGCAUUUGACACCUUGGAACUAGAUGUUGUCAAGUCUACUGCGCUUGAGCCAUCGCGUAUUGCGUUAUCGAUGGCGAGUGUGUUUAGUAAGAUGAGUCGUCGCUGUGCUACGGCAAGACAACUUGAGGAGAGGGCUAGUAGAAGGGCUCUUGAAGCGGUAGUCAGAGAGAAGGUUACUAGUACUGGAGAGGCAUUUCUGAUGUUGACGAACUGGGCUAAUAGUGUUCCUGCUGAAAAUCUGGGCCUCGCGUCAUUCGUGUCUUUACACUAUCACAACGCUCUCAUCAUGCUGAACCGCAACUCCCUCCUGAUCAGCAAAAACGCUCUACACAUGGCAGUAGAGAUCAUCGCCAAAGAUACACCGUGGGAGUACCAGAUCCGCAACGGUCAAUCAAUGGUUGCGAAUUCCGCACGAAAGAUCAUCCAUCUUCUCGCUGAUAACGAUGAUUCGGCGUCGCAUCUCUUCGCACCGGCUUACUUUCCGCUGCUUCAUGCUAUGUAUGUCCUGGCUGUUCAUAUUUUGAAACAGCCGCAUUCUCGUGUCUCAAAAAUCGACCAAAGCCUUCUUGUAACUGCUGCUGACUUAGUGCGCUGCUACUCUGUUGGCCUCAGUGAAGAGGAUCGCUUGAACACUAUUCUUAAUGGCCUUCUUUGUGUCGUCCAAGAAGCUAUGAAGCCUACCCCACCACACGAUAACGACCGCAACACUCCCGCGCUAAACUCGUCAACCAGCCUGUCCGAUCAGAAUGUGACACCUUUAACCGAUCAACAGACAUUCACAGAGGCCGUUGGCCAGUCGGAUCCUGCACUCGCAAGCAAUACUCAUUUCUCGAUGGAAGAAGGCAUACUCGAUCCGUUCUCGGGUCAGCCGUUCAACAUGCCGAUACUACCUGAUGAGAUUGGCUGUGACUGGGCCGAUUUUGAGAACUUGUUGCAGAGACUUGAGACAGAAGGGUCUUUGUACCCUCCUGAUGAAGGAAUGAUUAUUGAUAUAUAG